GUCCACCAGUACCCGGCAGAGAGCCUCCAGCAUCGAGCCUCUCUUGGUUAUUACGAUAAAUUCUCGGAUCAGCUGAAUACCAGACUGAACCCCUAUUUUUUACAAUUAAAUAAUAUAUUUUAAGGUCGUAAUGAUGGACAAUCGGUGAUUGCGCGUUGGCAUUCGGCGAUGCACGAGAAUUAGCGAAAUAUUUUGUCGGGAGACGAUGGGCAGUUGAUCAAUCAGGCGUCUCCUCGGAUGAUGCUCAUCCCAUUGCAAAAUUGAUAAACAAAACGCGAGUCAAGUGCAGUGGCAUCGAUAAUCGAAGACAUUAUAUCGAGUUCGAGGGAUUGUGAGUGGUGAAUGAAUCUUGUGCUCCGAUCCUGUGGAUUUUUUUUAUCACGAGGACAAUAAUUCCCACGACGCUGGGGAGUCAACUCAGCGGUUCAUGGUGAUGAUUGGAACGGGCGAGGACCAACGGGGAUAGUGGGACGGUGAUUCGAGUGGUGAGGAGAAACAGCGGUGGUGGCGGUACGGCAAGGGUACUAUGGAAACGGAGGAAUGGGGGGCGGCGGAGGGCUACAAGCCGCGGAACUCCGGCGACGGUACCUGGUCACAUCAUCUUCACAAGAUCCCCAUAAAUACCAUAAAUCAUUAGUAAGUGAUAAUGGACAAUUCACCGAUGAUGCGUAUCACAAGGCAACAGUCGGUAUUGCAUCCGGCCAGCCGACUUGUAUUGCUGGAAUUAGUGGACGUGACAGACGUAAGACGUCCGAUAUUAAGGACAAUACGUGGUCACAAUUGCUCGAGGAGAAACUUGAGGACGGAAGGAGACGAAGAAGACGACGCGGAAGACGACGGGGGCGGAGUUGUGAGCCAAUUAAACUUGAAAUCAGUGGUACGAUGAGAGAGGCCAAUGGUAAUGGAGAGUGGCAGGAGGUGAAUGAUAAUUUUCAAGUACCAGAGAAGACAAGGAGAAUUGAUAAGGACUGCUUCAAGGGACUUAGACAAAUGACGGAAAUGGCUGUUGGUACAUUGCUACUCGGUGUUGUCCUCCUCGUUACACCAGGUCUCUGUCACCAGGACGCAGUGCACAUAACUGCCAUACUAGGUGAAAGUGUGGUCUUCAACUGUCACGUUGAGUUCCCGGGUGAGCAUCCAGUGCCCUACGUUCUCCAAUGGGAGAAGAAGGUAGGCGACACGGAGAUACCUAUAUACAUAUGGUACGAGUCGUAUCCAACACACAGCGGCGAGGGAUACGAGGGACGUGUGUCCAGGGUGAGCCCCAAUUCACCCUAUGGAUCGGCAAGUCUCAAUCUUACCAAUAUACGGGAGAGUGAUCAAGGAUGGUACGAGUGCAAGGUCGUCUUUCUCAACCGAUCACCCAACAGCCCGAAGAAUGGCACGUGGUUCCAUCUGGACGUUCAUGCUCCACCGAGAUUCACUAUGACCCCGGAGGAGAUGAUCUACGUGAAUCUGGGUGAUGCUAUAAUUCUGAAUUGUCAGGCUGAGGGCACACCCACACCUGAAAUUGUUUGGUACAAAGAUGCCAAUCCUGUGGCAACAUCCAAUACUAUCGGUAUAUUCAACGAGGGUACUGAACUCAGAAUCUCGUCAAUCAAAACCGAUGACAUUGGCGACUACACAUGCAUUGCGAGAAAUGGAGAGGGCCAAAUCAGCCACACCACCAGAGUUGUUAUUGCCGGUGGAGCAGUGAUAAUGGUCGCACCAACCAAUCAGACUAAACUCGAGGGUGAAAAGGUACAAUUUCCCUGUGAAGCCAAAGCAUUACCCGGCAAUGUGACGGUACGGUGGUUUCGCGAGGGUGCGCCAGUGACCGAGGUCUCUGAACUCGACACAAGAGUGUCCAUCCGGAAAGACGGUAGCCUGGUAAUUAAUCCAGUGAGUGCAGAUGACACUGGUCAAUAUCUGUGCGAGGUUACUAAUGGUAUUGGCGAGCCCCAGAGUGCAAGCGCCUAUCUCAACGUCGAGUAUCCAGCAAAGGUCACAUUUACCCCAACGGUCCAAUAUCUCCCAUUUCGCCUAGCCGGUGUUGUGCAAUGCUACAUAAAAGCAAAUCCCCCCCUUCAAUAUGUAACCUGGACCAAGAACAAGCGUCUCCUCGAGCCUUAUCAAACCAAGGACACCGUGAUAAUGAACAAUGGAUCCCUGCUGUUUACCCGUGUAAACGAGAAUCACCAGGGAAAAUACAUAUGUACACCGUACAAUGCCCACGGUACUCAGGGUGAUUCAGGACCAAUGGACGUACUCGUACGAAAUCCACCGAUAUUUACAGUCGAACCGGAGCCAAUGUAUCAACGAAAAGUGGGUGAAACAGUGGAAAUGGCGUGUGAUGCACAGGAAGCCGAAGGCACCCAAAAGCCAGCAAUUCAGUGGCAAAGACGUAAUGGUGCACCAUUGGAGCGCAAUCGUGGAAAAAUUAUCGGUGGAAAUCUAACAAUUGACAGCCUUAAACGAACAGACUUUGGUUAUUAUCAGUGUGUUGCUUCAAAUGAGGUAGCAACUAUUGUAUCACCAACUCAAUUGAUUGUUGAAGGCUCACAACCGCAUGCGCCUUACAAUGUUACUGGUUCAGCAACACAAACUGCUGUUACCCUACAUUGGUUUCCGGGCUAUUCCGGUGGUCCAGAUUACAAACAGGAUUAUACUAUUUGGUAUAGAAGGGCUGGGGUCACUGAAUGGACAACGAUACCGGUUACACCGUCUGGGAGGACAUCGGUUACCAUCAAUAAUCUUGUACCGGGUACUCUGUAUGAAUUUCAGGUUGUCGGCAAAAAUGCCAUUAGCGGUGGCAUGUUGAGCGCUGUGACGACAAUUAGAACACUGGAGGCUGGUAUCAAUCCCCCCAACACGACACCAGCUACAGGAGGUGUUGCAUCGGGGAACACCGGCCCCAAGCCAGGACCACCGAGAAAUCUCACGGUAACGGAGAUCAGUAAUGGGUUUUUGAUCACUUGGCAGCAUCCACUGGAGAGAUCGCAUCUUGUGCAGUACUACGAUAUUGUUUAUAAAACCGAUGGUCUUUGGAAACCACUCAACAAAGGACAGAUUCGGCCUGAGGAGACCAGCUAUCUGGUGAAAAAUUUAGUUGGCGGAAGGACGUAUUACUUCAAAGUACGCGCUCACUCGGCAACGAAUUUUGGAGAGGGCGACAUGACGAAGUUUCCAGUACCGGCACGAGUUAAACACAAAGCUAUCACUGCCGGUGUCGUAGGCGGAAUAUUGUUCUUCAUCGUUGCUAUUAUCCUCAGCAUAUGUGCUGUGAAAAUAUGCAAUAAACGAAAGAGACGAAAACAGGAGAAAGAACUACUUUCAGCGUAUAACAUGGUAGCCUGCAGGGUCACCGACGCCCGCAAUGGGGCUGGACAGGGGCCGCAGGGAACAGUGCCUUUGAAAAAAUCUAGAAAAAGCCGAGUACCAGGUUUAACCCUUCUCCGAGAGAUCCUGAACCCAGACAGUCCCGACUCCUGCAGAUGUCGCCCUCUGGGUAAAAUCUCCCGCGCUGCUGACGGUCGUUUUGUAAUCGCCGAUUCGCUAAUGAGCUCCGCCAACAACAGCAUAGUGGACGCCUCGAGUUCGGACGACGGUGGCUUUCUUCCGAAGAAAAGCCGGCUGAAGUCCUCCUGGCGACGUCCCCUGGUCGGCACCAGCCAGCUGAGUCUGCGUUCCGACAACAGCGGCGUCUCCCUGGGGAUUCCCAAUCGAGCAAUGGGAUACCUGAGCAAUCAUCUGAGCAAUCUCAUCAGUCCCCUGGGCAAACAGCCGAAGAUCUGUGCAAUUGCAUCACCCGGAUUCAUCGCCAGUUCCCCCAACAGUGGACAGAUCAUCUGGACGACGAAUCCCUCCCUCUACUUGACGGAUCUCAGUUCGGUGCGUCAGCCUUCCUCGGUGGAACGUUCCUUUCCCACAAAUGAACUCAGCCCCCCAGACUACCAUCACCUGCAGCUGAAGAGUGUUCACCAGCGUUACAGCCAGGAACUGCCUUCCCUGAAGGCCAUUCACGCUGAAUCCCGUCAAUUCGUGCCAGUUCAACCCUUAGCCACUUCAUCUCCCCCGCAACCUGGGGGAAUUCGUCCACGCGCCCGACUCCCACCCAGACACGCACGUCACGCAAGAUCAGCCCCAGAAUUAGCCGCCUCCCCAGAUCUCCACAUGACGGAAACAUCACCCGAAAGCAGAUCGAGUUCUUCCGGAUUUGGUAGUAAAAAUACGAGUCAAACGCAGAAUCAGAGUUCCAGAAGUGGAAGUACUGUCGCUGAGUGGCGCCCUCCGCCCUACAGACCACCGCCACCUCCGCUUCUGGGACGAUGGCUUGAACUUCAGGAUCACCAACAGAUCCCAAUAAAGAUUCCUCACAGUCAUGCACACAUCGCUGUGGACGCUGGUAGUGUUGAUGGUCAUUAUGAAUUCGAUCCUGUCAGCUGCACUCCAACUCCGACGUCGGCUUCGACACCGACAAGGGAGGAACGUCCACCAGUUCACCAGAUUCAUACGAUUCAUCUGCCCCAUAUUCAUCAGGUACACACGACCAGCACUGUUCAGGGAAGCUCAAGGUAUUCUAGGGACAAUAUCGAGGCGAGGGUGCAGGCUAUGAAGGCGGAGUUCCAUCAGUUCAGGCAGAGGCAGGCGAGGCGACGACAGAGUGUCCAUUUGGAGAGCGCCUGCUGACGGUAGUUGAGGUUGGGGGGGCACAGUGGUGGAGGCUUGAGGAGGGACAUGAGGAGGUUGAGGAUGAUGAGGGAGAGGGUCUGGGAGCUGCCAGAGGAAGGCGAGGUCUCUGAUACUGAUGGGUCGAGGGAAAGUUGAAGGAGCAGUUGUGAAGAUCAUGAGGAGAAUUAGGGUUUGAGGUUCAGCCACCACGACGUCCAGGUAAUCCCCCAGGUGGUAGGGAAGGAUGAGAAGACUUUGGAGAUUACGAGGGGAUGGGCUUGGAAACUACUGGAGAGGUUGAUGGAUCGAGAAAGGUGAGGAUUUUGGAGGUUAUGAGAAUAUCUUGAAUUUACCGGACAUGAGGGCGGUUUGGAAAGGGAAUGGAGAGGUUGAGAGCGAUGUAGGGGGAGUAUCUAAUAGGAAUCACUGUACUGAGUGGUCCCCGGUACUAAAGGAUCCCUGAGAGUUGAAGGGGAUGUUUUGGAGGUUAUGAGAACGUCUAGAAUUUUCUUGAAGAGAAUAAAUAUUAAAUGAGCCUCGGCAUUCUCAUGAGAACGUGAUUGUUGCUCGGACGAUUCAAGAGUGAUAACAUGAUUUAUGGAGACUCAGGUCAACCCCCAUCACUCGCUCUACGUAGCCCCCGCAAUCGUAUACAGUCAUUUAUCAUUAAACUACUGAUCUAAAUAUCUAAACACUAAUUAACCCUAUUGAUAGCUCAAGAGGAACUAAAAAGACAAAAUUAAAGUCAUACAUGAGCACAGUUUGUGCUAUCGCAACUGGGGAUUUUUUCAUCAGUAAGAGAGGACAAUUAGCUAGAGUCGAUUCGAGUAUCAAUCUUCCCGAUAAUAAACGCCCUGUUUAGACAGGGCGAGGAGUUAUCUCCGUAGAAUUAAACAAAUAAAGAUAAACCAAAAAAAAUCAAUAAUUAACUCUCAAUAAUGGACGCAGUGUCGAGUAAUCGACAGUUUCCACAUAUUAGAGGAUUUUCGUAAAGCUAAACAAAUGGCAGCAGGUGAGCACGUACUCCAUUAGCCGUCAUUUCGACAAAAUGGCCGGGUGAACGCUGUCCUUGUCUGAUUCAUUGAUUAUUAUUAGCCAAAUAACUUUGAAAUUGGCUCGAAAAUGAGACUUAGUAAAGUUGAUGGCACCAACAACUCAUAUCGAAUUUGGUAAUCAAUCUAGGCCAUUGGGAAGUCAAAUAAAAAUUGACUCGAGACUCUCGAUAUAUCUCGAACUUAAGAGGAGUAGUAGAAAUUAAUACAUAUGACACAGCGAUAAACACUGGCUCUCAACUCACUAAACCAAAAAAAAAAUGUUACUUCACGGCUAGUUAUUGCGUGUAAAGUGUUUCCGGUGGCUCGACGUUUGUGCUUCAGUCGGCGAAGACCAACAAUUAUGUAAUAACAGCACAUAAUGACUGAAAAAUACGUGCGAGAAGUGGAAAAUUUAUUAACGAUCCAAUGAUGUAUAAAAGAACAUUUAAUCGAGACACAUCGUUAUACUUAAUCAUAAUGUACUGGAUUAUUGAUCGAUUAUCGAUUGUGAGAGCAAAACACGAUGACAUGACUCAUGAAAUUGAAGGAAAAAAUAAAGCAAUUAACGGUUAUUAAUUAAUUGAUGAGCAAUGGACUCGAAACGUGAUAUUAGGCCGAAGCUUGCCUCGAGAUUGCUUAAGGACUCACUCGUACUGCACUGCCUAUUUAGGGUUUCACUAGCAACCCAACAUAUUAUCGGCACAAUAAUUUUUCUUAAGCAACGUAAAUUAAUAUUAUAAUUAAUAAAUUAUAAAAUAAUGUGUUUUAAUGAACAAGAGAAAGACGAUUAAGAGGAUUAAUAAAUAAUUGAGUAAUUGCAUGGUCGGUCUCAGAAUUUUUUUUUUUCGUUUUGCGAUGUUAAUACUGUCCUUGGUGACGAUUAACGUUGCACGACUUGCCAAUUUUGUAAAUGCGGCUGUCACAAUCAGCAUCUCUUUCUCGCUCAUCUUGUUUAGUUAUUUUAAUGAGAAAAACAUCGUGGUACUUAUGAAUUGUUUAUAAAUUACAUGGCCGAUAAUCAGUAUUUGACAAUGACAUUCGUCCAGGUGUUCUUGACAUGUCGGGUGAAUUGUGGGAAAAAAUUGGGCAAUUGGAUAUUGAAUUUAUUUAUUUUUCUCGGACAUACUGUUCUGCACCGAGAGAAAUGCUUGAAACAAAGUCCACAAUUAUUUGAAUCGCAGAUCACCUUUACACUAAUUCCAAAUUCACGUUUCAUGGCUCAGUCACUUUGUAAUGUUUUUGUUUAUAAAAAAAAGUGGAUCUGAGUAUUUAAAGUCCUUUAAAAUUAAUUUCCCUCCUCUUCCCACAAUUCACACGACUUUAUUUUGAACGUUGAGAGGCUGACCUGCGAAAUGAAUGCUGUGUAUUAAAUGAUGAUAACUAUGCGCACUUCGACACGCAUAAAUAAAUGAAACUUAAUUAUUCUUCAAAUAUCCCACCUAAAGUCUCACCAAACGCAUUGUAAUUACAAUCAUUACGCGGAGUUGGUGGUGAGAGUGAGAGAUAAUUCACGUUAUAAUUUCUAUGAUUUGAAAAAUGUUCAAUUCACCACCGAAUGUACCUCUUAAAUUCGAUAAUUUUUGUAUAAAAAAAAAUUAUUUACACUCUUAAGAUAGACUAAUUAACGAAUAACAAUUGCUCUCACCCCCUUCUCCAGGCAUUUUAAUUUCUUUUCAUAUAGUACAAACAUUUUAUUUAUAUUAAAAGAAAAUACUAUACAUAUAUAUAAAUACGUAACAGAAAAAAAAUAAUAAUGAUAAAGGAAGAUUAGUAAGGGUCCUACACAAUUUAAAAAACUGUACGCUGCGAUAAGCACAAUGAUGCAGUCAAUGAAAUACUGUAUUAUUAACUGUAAAACGGCUGAGGAAAUUGAAGAAAAAAAAAACGGCAAGAAUGCAAGAGCACUGUGAAAAUGGGAAUGCAAGGAUGUGACUAUCGAGUGACGAAUUAAAUAAUUGAUAGAUAAACAAAAAAAUGUUAACGAAGUAACGAGGCAAGGGAUGAAAGAACGUGAAAGAGACCGAGCGAAAAAACGAGAGAGAGAGAGAGAGUGAGAGAGAGGAACAAGAGGAAAAACACAAGAGUACCAAUAUUCUAAAGUAAUUCUAAUAACUGAAUUAAUAAUUUGAUAAUUAAUUGAUAUUGUAAAUCGUAACGAUAUAGCCUGUAGCGUAUUAAUCAACGAGACGACGGAAGCAGGGAAGAAAAAAAAUAAUGACGAUGUGUUUUUAAUAUGAAAAAAAUGGCAUUAACGACUGUUCAUUGUCGAUUUAUUGCCAAUUGCCGUUGUAUCAUACUUAUUAUUAUUAAAACAUAGUUAACUAUAAUAAUAUAUUUGAUUAUUCGUAUUGAUGGUCCAACGUGGUCCCGAUACUUUGCGUGCAAUUUUAAUUUUUACGAUUUUUUAUGGAUUAUUUAGUCGUCCUUUAUUGAGAUUAUUAUUUUUAGGGAAAUAUCGAUCUUGCCAAUUUAAUGUUUAAUGUCGGGAUUAUUCCAGUUAUUGUUCCAAUCACUGAUCGGAAGUUUCAAUGAUUUUAGUUUUAAAUUUUUCAAUGGCUACGGUUGACAAAGUAUUUUGCUUGCAAAUUCUCGGGACAAUGGUGAGAAAUAAAAUGGGGAGACGUGAGGAUUACGACGGAUAAUCUGUUUGGGGGCCAUGAGCCGUUUUUAUUCACGUCAUUGGUCCCUACUCUGUUUAGGCAAGUAGUAGUCUGAUAAGUCAAGUGUAGAUAUAUGUAGUUAGAAGGGAAAAAAAAAAGAUCUCAAGGGGACACACGUGAAUUGCUAAAUCUUCUGGUUACCGUACCAUUAUUUUCUUCACGCUCUUCAUUUUUGGCUGAUGAUUGAUUUUAUUUUAUUGUGAAAUAUAAUUUUCUACUUCUAAUUGA